CCCAAAACCACCAAGACCAGCCAAUCCAUCCCUAAACCACACGAAGCAGUCGACACUAAGCACGUCACAUCAUCCACUUUUUGAGCCUCAAUCUCGUGGCGGCGAUCAGUGUAAAGCAUUAAAUUGCAAUCGGCCACAAUGUGUUGACGGAGAUCAUGGCGGAAUUCGACCUUUCUGCCACUUUCAUCCCUUCCCUUCACAAACCAUCCUCGCUGCUUCCCAUUGCUAGGCAUAGACAAAGUCUUCUAUACCUCAUUGAGACAUACCCGGUAACCAUUGUCGUCGGACAAACGGGUUCCGGAAAAACAACCCAGAUUCCCCAAUAUCUUGAACAGGCAGGAUGGUGUGCCGAGGGGAAAAUUAUCGCCGUCACUCAGGUUCACUUUGCCCCUCCUUGAUAUCUGAUAAUCUCGCUAACCUCUAUCAUAGCCUCGGCGAGUAGCGGCAACCACUGUUGCAAUUCGAGUUGCAGAAGAGAUGGAUUGUAAGAUUGGAGAAGAAGUUGGUUAUUCAAUUCGUUUUGAAGAUGUCACUUCCUCCAAAACCCGCAUUAAAUUUCUCACCGAUGGCCUGUUACUUAGAGAAGCUCUGGUGGAUCCUCUAUUGUCACGAUAUUCAGUGAUUAUGGUUGAUGAAGCUCAUGAACGCUCUCUAAGCACAGAUGUUCUUCUCGGAGUCUUGAAAAAGAUCUUAAAGAAGAGGAGAAAUGACCUUAGGAUUAUCAUCAGUAGUGCAACUUUACAGGCUGAAGAGUUCCUUAAUUUUUUCGCUGGUGAUGCAGAGAUGCAAUCAAACUUAAAGCAAGAACCACAAAGUGCGGUCACUCUGGAUGACUUGAUUGCUCAAGGAGGUCAAAAGCCAAACCCUACCAGCAAUGAGAUCGGGCAAAUAAUUAGCUUGGAAGGAAGGACAUAUCCAGUCGAUAUUCUGUACCUUGAAAAUCCAGCAGAAGAUUAUGUGGAAAAGGCAGUGCAAACUGUUUUUGACAUCCACACCAAGGAACCAGAUGGUGAUAUCUUGGUGUUUCUCACUGGAAGAGAAGAGAUUGAUAAUGCUGUCCAAAGGAUCUCUGAACGAGCUGCAAGUUUACAUCCUCGGGCACAGGCAUUGAUGGCACUCCCUCUUUACGCAGGUCUUUCGACAGAGCAACAAAUGUAUGUUUUUGAAGAAGCACCAGAGAAUACAAGAAAAGUCAUAUUUUCCACCAAUAUUGCAGAGGCGUCAAUUACCAUAGACGGAAUCGUGUAUGUCGUUGACACGGGUUUCGUGAAACUUCGAGCUUUCAAUCCUCUUACCGGCAUCGAGACUCUGACCGCAACGCCCGUCUCAAAAGCUUCUGCGACUCAAAGAGCGGGUAGAGCAGGUCGCACACGACCAGGAAAAUGCUUCCGCCUCUACACAGAGCCCAAUUACCAACAACUAUCAGAAUCUACAAUCCCAGAAAUCCAACGUUCCAAUCUGGCACCCGUGAUUCUUCAGCUCAAAGCCCUAGGAAUCGACAAUAUAGUCCGCUUUCCUUUCCUGACCUCCCCCCCAUCCGAGUUGAUCAUUCGAGCACUCGAAGUCCUCUACUCCCUCGGCGCCCUCGACACCUACACCAAACUCACCCAACCCCUCGGAACCCGCAUGGCCGAACUAGCAGUCGAACCCAUGAUGGCCAAAACGCUCCUCUCAUCACAGACCUUCGGCUGCGUCAGCGAAAUCCUAACCAUAGCAGCCAUGACCUCUCUCGGGGGCACAAUCUGGGUCCCCCACGACGGGGAGAAGAAGAAAAUGGAAACAGCACGACGAAAAUUCGCCGUCGAGGAGGGAGACCACAUCACCCUCCUAAACAUCUACCAAGCAUUCAUCACCAAAGGCAAAAAAGAAGCACGCUUCUGCCACGACCACUACCUCAACUUCAAAGCCCUCACACGCGCCGUCUCCAUCCGCGCCCAACUAAAACGCUACCUCGAACGCUUCGGAAUUCCCAUCCCCGAAUCUCUCUCUUCCAACCCCAACCUGCAGCCUCUAUCCGUCGGCGGACCCGACAAAGGGGAGCAAAUCCGACGGUGUCUCACGACGGGGUAUUUUGCGCAUGCGGCGAGGAUGCAGCCCGAUGGGACGUUUCGGAAUGUGGCCGGGGGGACGGUGUUGUAUGCCCACCCCAGCUCGUUGAUGUUUAAUCGCAAGGCGGAGUGGGUGGUUUUUCAUGAGGUUAUGGAGAUGGGGGGGAAGUCGUAUGUUAGGGAUGUUAGUCGGAUUGAGAAGGGGUGGUUGGUGGAGUAUGCGCCGGAGUUUUAUAGGUUUGCGUAG